AUGCCGUCUAAGUAUUUGUGCCCGCAACACCACGACUUUCACCUCCAUAUUUCCAUUAAAUUUUCCUUGGUGGUAUAUUUCUUCUUCUUCUUCUUCUUCUUCUUCUUCUUCUUCUUCUUCUUCUUCUUAUUCUUCUUCUUCUUCUUCUGUCAGGUAUCUAUCGAUUUCACAUCAUUGAUUUUUCUGUCAGAAAUACUUUUUUUUUCUCAGAAUCUCAACUUUUUGUUUACCGCUCGCUUUUUCCAGCUUCGUAAACAAUGUACAAGAUUUAUUUUCUUUGUUUCAUUCAUUUUCUUUCAUUCAUUUUCUUUGUUUCAUUCAUUUUCUUUCAUUCAUUCAUUUUCUUUCUUUCAUACAUUUUCUUUCAUUCUUUCAUUCCUUUUCUUUCAUUCCUUUUCUUUCUUUCAUUCAUUUUCUUUCAUUCUUUCAUUUAUUUUCUUUCAUUUAUGCAUUUUCUUUCAUUCAUUUUCUUUCUUUCAUUCAUUUUCUUUCAUUCAUUUUCUUUCUUUCAUUCAUUUUCUUUCUUUGAUACAUUUUCUUUCAUUCUUUCAUUCAUUUUCUUUCUUUCAUUAUUUUUCUUUCUUUCAUACAUUUUCUUUCAUUCAUUCAUUUUCAUUCAUUCAUUCUUUUUCUUUCAUUCAUUUUAUUUCUUUCAUUCCUUUUCUUUCAUGCCUUUUUCUUUGUUUCAUUCAUUUUCUUUCCAUACAUUUUCUUUCAUUUCUUUCAUUCCCUUUUCUUUCAUUCAUUUUCUUUAUUUCAUUCAUUUUCUUUCAUUCUUUCAUUUAUUUUCUUUCAUUUAUUCAUUUUCUUUCAUUCAUUUUCUUUCUUUCAUUCAUUUUCCUUCAUUCAUUUUCUUUCAUUCAUUUUCUUUCAUUCAUUCAUUUUCUUUCAUUCAUUCAUUCAUUUUCUUUCAUUCUUUCAUUCCUUUUCUUUCAUUCAUUCAUUUUCUUUCAUUCUUUCAUUCAUUUUCUUUCUUUCAUUCCUUUUCUUGCUUUCAUACAUUUUCUUUCAUUCAUUCAUUUUCAUUCAUUCAUUCAUUUUCUUUCAUUUAUUUUAUUUCUUUCAUUCCUUUUCUUUCAUUCCUUUUCUUUGUUUCAUUCAUUUUCUUUCAUACAUUUUCUCUCAUUCUUUCAUUCCUUUUCUUUCAUUCAUUUUCUUUAUUUCAUUCAUUUUCUUUCAUUCUUUCAUUUAUUUUCUUUCAUUUAUUCAUUUUCUUUCAUUCAUUUUCUUUCUUUCAUUCAUUUUCUUUCAUUCAUUUUUUUCAUUCAUUCAUUCCUUUUCUUUCAUUCCUUUUCUUUCUUUCAUUCAUUUUCUUUCAUUCAUUUUCUUUCAUUCAUUCAUUUUCUUUCAUUCUUUCAUUCCUUUUCUUUCAUUGCUUUUCUUUCUUUCAUUCAUUUUCUUUCAUUCAUUUUCUUUCUUUCAUUCCUUUUCUUUCAUUCAUUUUCUUUCACUCAUUCAUUUUCUUUCUUUCAUACAUUUUCUUUCAUUCUUUCAUUCCUUUUCUUUCAUUCAUUUUCUUUCUUUCAUUCAUUUUCUUUCAUUCAUUUUCUUUCUUUCAUUCCUUUUCUUUCUUUCAUACAUUUUCUUUCAUUCAUUCAUUUUCAUUCAUUCAUUCUUUUUCUUUCAUUCAUUUUAUUUCUUUCAUUCCUUUUCUUUCAUUCCUUUUCUUUGUUUCAUUCAUUUUCUUUCAUACAUUUUCUUUCAUUCUUUCAUUCCUUUUCUUUCAUUCAUUUUCUUUAUUUCAUUCAUUUUCUUUCAUUCUUUCAUUUAUUUUCUUUCAUUUAUUCAUUUUCUUUCAUUCAUUUUCUUUCAUUCAUUUUCUUUCAUUCAUUCAUUUUCUUUCAUUAUUUCAUUCCUUUUCUUUCAUUCAUUUUCUUUCAUUCAUUCAUUUUCUUUCAUUCAUUUUCUUUCAUUCAUUCAUUUUCUUUCAUUCUUUUAUUCCUUUUCUUUCAUUCAUUUUCUUUCUUUCAUUCAUUUUCUUUCUUUCAUUCCUUUUGUUUCAUUCAUUUUCUUUCUUUCAUUCAUUUUCUUUCUUUCUAUUCAUUUUCUUUCUUUUAUUCAUUUUCUUUCAUUCUUUCAUUCCUUUUCUUUCAUUCAUUUUCUUUCACUCAUUUUCUUUCUUUCAUUCCUUUUCUUUCAUUCAUUUUCUUUCUUUCAUUCAUUUUCUUUAAUUUAUUCAUUUUUUCUUUCUUUCAUUUAUUUUCUUUCAUUCAUUCAACAUUUUCUUUCAUUCAUUUUCUUUCUUUUUUCAUUCAUUUUCUUUCAUUCAUUUUCUUCCAUUUUCUUUCUUACUUUCAUUAUUUUUCUUUCAUUCAUUUUCUUUCAUUCAUUUUAUUUCAUUCUUCCAUUCAUUUUCUUUCUUCCUUUCAUUCAUUUUCUUUCUUUCUUUCUUUCUCUAUAUAUACAGGGUGGGGCAGAGCAACUUGCUUAUUCAAAUUUUGCGCCCUAAAGCGAUGGUUGCUCCAAGGAUGCUCUUUCAUUCUCUAUCUAUCUACACUGCGUCUAGCCCUGUCUGUUCAUUAUCUAUCUAUCUAUCUAUCUAUCUAUCUAUCUAUCACUGUCUGUUUAUUAUCUAUCUAUCUAUCUAUCUAUCUAUCUAUCUAUCUAUCUAUCUAUCUAUCACUGUCUGUUUAUUAUCUAUCUAUCUAUCUAUCUAUCUAUCUAUCUAUCCCUGUCUGUUCAUUAUCUAUCUACCUAUCUAGAUCUCUGUUUCUAUCUCUGUUUGUUCAGUACCUAUCUAUCUAUCUAUCUAUCUAUCUAUCUAUCUAUCUAUCUAUCUAUCUAUUAACAUCUCUUACUAUCAUCUAUCUAUCUAUCUAUCUAUCUAUCUAUCUAUCUAUCUAUCUAUCUAUCUAUAACAUUCUCUUCAUUAUCUACCUAUCUAUCUACCACGAGUUUGUCUGA